UUUUGAGUGAGGCUCUUGCCUUCCUUUUUUCUCUCGCUUUCUUUUUCCUGAGAACUGCUCGACAUCACAGUCGAGUAGUUCACUGCAGCAAGACAGCACCUAGUUCAGAUAGUGUCAGAACAAAAACAUUAAAAUAGAAUGAACAAAGAGGGAAGGUUGGAAAUACUCUGUCUGCUUUUAGUUGCUAUUUACAGUCCUGUCUUGAGUGGGAAAUCCCAGAAUUACUUUCUGGACAGUCUUGAUGCCCUGGUUUCGUCGUGCGUGGUGGUGCCCUGCACGUUCUCCCUUCCGGGAGGAAACCUGCCGGCUUCCAGACUCAGAACAACCUGGCAUGUUGAAGGCAAGCAAGAAGAUUACAUCUACCAUGAGGAUGAAUCGAGGGUGCAGGACAACUUCAAGGGUCGAACGAGGCUGCUGGGAGACCCGGGACAAAACAACUGCACCUUAGAAAUAACUGAAAUCAAAAAUCAUGACAACGGUCCCUUCUGUUUCCGGAUUGAAGUCGCAUCGCCUCCCGAUGCUGACAAGUCUGCUCACGGUUGUGUGAAGAUGAAGAUGCUGCCUGCUCCUCCUGAUCCCGAACUGACUCAGUCACCGUCAGCAGAUGAAGGACAGCCCUUCACCGUCACCUGCACCGUCCCCCACACCUGCCCCUCACACGCGCCCAAACUCACAUGGGAGCAGACGGUCACCGCUCCGCAGGUCACUGAGCGUCAGAAAGACAUUCGGUUUGGCAACUGGGAAGUAGAGUCCACCCUGGUAUUUAUCCCCGAGGAGAAGGACGACCACACUGAUAUCACCUGCACGGCUCUUUUCAAUGGAAAGAAGACGACUUCUAAAACCAUGAGGCUCUAUGUAAAACGUGCAGUAAACUAUAAAUACAUCAUCAUUCCCACUGCAGUGGGAGUUGGGACUGCCGUGAUCUUUGGACUCCUCUGUGUUUUUAUGAUGAAAAAGUACAAGAAACGGAUUGCCGAGCUCCAAAAUCAGGAAGGCAGCGUGUGGAACCGAAUGUCCAGGCUGUCUCGUCGAUUUCGCUCUGAUCGACGUGGACCUUCUCCUUCUGACCAAAGGGGUGCGAUUUGGAGCCGAUUUUCAAGGAGGCCAAAAGAGCACACUGUUCAUCCUCCCAACAAUGCGUAUUCAGGAGCAUGCGCUGAACAAAAGCUCAACAAGCCUCGUUUUCCAUCCCCCAAAAGCCAGCCAAAGUCCUGCAAUUACAUGGAGGACACUGAUGGCGACGAUGAUUACAUGAACACUGCAGACCUCAACAUCUACGGAAACAUCUGAAAUGAAGUUAUCUCUAAAAAAUGCUUCAAACCUUCCUGAAGAGAGAGCUUUUUCAUUAAAUGUUCAUACCCACUGCUUUAGUUUGUUCUGUCAGGCAAGGCUGAUUUACUUCUUUAAAUAAUGUUGUGGUGUUUGAUUCUUGUUUUGUAUUGUAAUGCUUCAAUAUAUCAGUUGCAUAUAUUUAAGUGCUGAUCUUAUUCAAUAAAUAAGCAUGGAAUUCAUUAUUGUUUCAU